CGAGCCCGGUGCCCCUUUUCCUCACCUCCGAGCCGACUCGCGAGAGUGCCGCAUCGCAGGAAUGGCCACGCCGCCCAAGAGAGUGUGCCCGUCCCCUGCGCCCAGCUCCGAGGGCUCCCGCGUCACGAAGAUCUCCAUCGAGGGGAACAUCGCUGCAGGGAAGUCAACGUUUGUGAAUAUCCUGAAGGAAGUCUGUGAGGACUGGGAUGUGGUUCCUGAGCCCGUUGCCAGAUGGUGCAAUGUGCAGAGCACUCAAGGUGAAUUUGAGGAACUGACAACCUCUCAGAAAAGUGGUGGGAAUGUUCUUCAGAUGAUGUAUGCAAAACCUGAACGAUGGUCUUUUACUUUCCAAUCCUAUGCUUGUCUCAGUCGAAUACGUGCUCAGCUCGCCUCUGUCAAUGGCAAACUCAAAGAUGCGGAGAAACCUGUGCUAUUUUUUGAACGAUCUGUGUAUAGUGACAGGUACAUUUUUGCAUCUAAUUUGUAUGAAUCUGACUGCAUGAAUGAGACAGAGUGGACAAUAUAUCAAGACUGGCAUGACUGGAUGAAUAACCAAUUUGGCCAAAGUCUUGAACUGGAUGGAAUCAUUUAUCUUCGAGCUGCUCCAGAGAAAUGCUUGAGUAGGAUACAUUCACGAGGAAGAACUGAAGAGCAAGGUAUCCCUCUUGAAUAUUUAGAGAAGCUGCACUAUAAGCAUGAAAGCUGGCUCCUGCAUAGGACGCUGAAAACCAACUUUGAGUAUCUACAGGAGGUGCCUAUCUUAACAUUGGAUGUUAAUGAAGACUUCAAAGACAAUCAUGAAAGUCUAGUUGAAAAGGUCAAAGAAUUUUUGAGCACUUUGUGAUCUUGCAGAAGACUACAGGCAGCCGAAUGUUUCCAGAUACUUCAGCUUUGUGUAUUUUCAUAGCUCAGUGUUCACACCUGGGUCUUUAGAAGGCUCAACUUCUCAACCAGGUUGUGUUCCAAGAAAAGAAAAGAUAUUUGUAUGAAUCCUGUGUAAAACCUUGUGACUUAUUUCUCUCCUUUGCUUCCUCCUUCCUUCUUUUAAUUAGAAAGCCAGAUAAUUACUGACUACCCCCAACAGGAAGUCUGGAGGUAGAUGGCCCCAGAAUCAUUAUAGUUUUGAACAGCAUUAUAAAGGACCCAGCCUCCUGUCUUUGCCCUUCAUUAGUUUCCUCAGCGGGUUGACUUUCCCAGGAUUCGUCUCACCUCAUUGGUAACUGGUUUCUUAACUGGAAACUUUAAAUUAGUGUAUCUAUUAAAGGUUGAAAAGUAGAAUUUAAGGAAUUCUAGAGUAAGGAUUCUGAAUUUUUUUCUUUUUCCCUUUGGAGGUGCUAGGUAUCAAACCUAGGGCCUCAUGCAUGGGAGAUAAGAACUCUGCCACUUUGUUAGAUUUCUGGCCCCUGUGGUUUCAAGUGUUUUUUAUCAAGGGCUUCCCAUUCCUCUAAUUUAUGUUGAAGAGAAGAUAAAGUUUAGUAUUUAAUGACUUCAUUGAUAUUUAUUAAAGUAUCUAUUACAUACUUGUAGAGGGGCAGGUUAGGCUUUGUUCCCAGUAUGAUAUUUGCGAAACCUAUUUUACAAAUCAUGUAAUCUUUUCUCUACUUUGAUUUUUCACCUGCAAUAUGGGUAAUAUCUUUCAUCCCUCUACAUGAGAUUUCUGGAGGAUUAAGGGGGAAUUCUUUCCUAUAUUUAAAAGGUAGUUGCAAAGUUAUUGCAUGAAUAUAUUCAGUUUGCAUGAAACUUAAAAGCUACCUGCUUUUCCCUUUUUAGACCAUUGUAUUGAAAGAGAGUGGUCUUAUUAGAGUUAAAAGAUUUGUUUAAACGAUUUCCCUUAGGUUGCUCUAGGAGGAAGUAUAGUUAUCCUUAAACUUUCCAUUUUUGUAGGAUAUGCCAGUGGGACAUAGUGAUACUUUUCCAUUUUAUUUCCUAUUGUUCCUUUGCUCAGAAGGAGGAGUCUGUCUUCAUACUUGGUGAGAAGUCAAAGGAGAACCUGAAGCCGAGGUGGAGAUUGCCUUGGCACUUUAGUCUGUGUACUCUCACCAUUUCCUGCCUCAUUCUGUUUUCCCUUGUGUCCGGGUCUGUUAGGAGCCCACUGUUUUAAAAUUAAAAUAAAAGGGCCUGGGAUUUAGCUCAGUGAAGCUGCACCUGUGU